AUGGAAGAAAAUAAGUUGAAUCUUUAAAUCAAUAGAAAAGAUUAGCUUAGUUAACAUACAAAAGUAAGCUUAAUUUCUAAAAUAGGCUCUCUUCCUCAAUUCAAAGUUGAUUUCUCAAAAUCAUAGCAGAUUGAAGAGAGAGGAAAAUAUAAGAAAGAGAUGCUUAUGAAAAGUAAAAUAAACUUUAUGUAGUCACAAAUUAAAAAAGAAGGAAGAGGCAAUGAAAGCUAAUUUAGUAAUUACAGAAAUUUAUAUGAAAAAAGCUUCUCUGCGCCAACUCCUUACUAUAACAUCGCGGAUGAUAGCAGCAGCAUAAAAUUAUAUAAUUAAUUUAAUUAAUAUGACUUCACUAGCUCAUCAUUAGCUAGCUAAACAGUUAGUGAUACUUUUUCUAGUCAAAUAUAAAAUGAACAAACUAGUGACUAAUCUGAUUACAUUAAUUGA